CCACCACAAAAACGUAGCGAUAGUUUUGCAGCUCCACAGCGACAUAAAAAACAUAAAAAUAAGACAAAAUUUUUUGAAUUGUUAAUAGUUAUUGAGUGCAAAAGUAAAAGCAUGUGAAACACAAAAUUAAACACUAAAGACUAUAAGAAGAGUGUUAACAUUGCAUGUUAUUUGUCGUUGACAUACCCACUUCCUCCCCCCACCUCUGACACUUCCUCGGUCAAAGAGCAGUUUUUAAAUAAUUUUUCAUUUAUUACGAAACUGGGGAAAACGCAUGCAAAUGCAUUAAAGCAAUCAAACAACGGACCGGCUUGCAAUCCGGCAACUUGUCAAAUAGCAACAUCAGUAUGGCCAUGCAUUCGUAUAUGCGGGCCAACGCGAACCCGAAUCCGAACCAAAACCAAACAAACACAGUGAGCGUCAAUUUGAGUGCCGAUGAGAUGCACAGCUUCCUUAAGGACAAACAGGCAUGGGAGCAUGCCAUAUCGCUAUACCAGGGACCCGAUCCGCUAGAUCAUUGGUACAAUUACAUCUGCUGGUAUGAGAAUCACGCACACAGCGAUCCAGAACUCAAGUUUCGUGAGACGCUCGAACGUUGUCUCACUGUCUAUGAGCACAAUGAUUACUAUCGACAGGAUGUCCGACUAGUGCGUCUCUGGCUCAAGUACAUUGCCAUGCAGACGGACCAGUUGCGCUUCUAUCAGGUGCUCUUCCAGCGUGGCACUGGACGACAUGUGGCCGCCUUUUAUAUAGGCUGGGCCAGCUACUAUGAGGCGCGGGAGCAGUUCAAGGAUGCCGAAGCAGUAUUCAAUCUGGCCUUCCAGGAGAAGGCACAGAGCAAUGCCGAGCUGCAGAAUGCGCAUACCAAGUUUACAUACGUUCGUUCCUUGUUCUAUCAGCAGCAGCAACAUCUGCAGCAGCAACAGCAGCUGCAACAACAACAACAACAGCUGCAUCAGCCAGCACCUCAUGAUGCACUACAACAGCUGACCACAUACACACAACAGGCACAACAUCAUGCACAGCAGUCGCCACAAGUCUAUCCCCAUCCAGCCCCCGCCCCUGCCCCUGCCCCAACGACACCAUCGCGUCUGCAUCAGCUGCCCCAGCUUCCACAGCUGCCCCAAGAGAACUAUCAUCAAUAUCAACCGCAUCCGCAAGAGCUCGCAUAUCAUUCUCAACAACAGGCGGCGCCACAAACGCACUAUCAGCAUCCAGAACAGCCGCCACCGCCAACGCGCUAUGAGCCAGAGUUCCAACAUUCGGCACCUGCAGCUGCACAAAAUCAACCGCUUCAACAUCCGCAUUAUCCACAACAGAUGGUGCAAGAAACUCGGCCCGCCACAAAUCCACAUGCACCCUAUGAGCCACAGCUGCAGCCGCAGCUUGAGCAGGUGACAGGUGCCACCGAAGAGGCCAACGUGAUGCCAACGAUUCAGCCAGAAUUGGAGACACAAUCAGCGAAUGUUGCUGACACGUCAACGGAAAUUGCUGGCAUACGUUUGCCGCGAAAUUUUCAUGCAUAUGGCCGGAAUAAUCAUGAGACGUGGAAGCCAGCGUUGACACUGGAGGAGCCGGAUGAUCCCUCACGGGUCUGUCACUAUGCCAAACAGCUGGUUUAUCCGGCAGGCGCUGGCAUCGAGUACAGUCCUGAAGAGCUCUUGGCCCGCAAAUAUGCACAUGUGCUGGAACAGCGCAAACAGCAAUCUCAAGGGCAACAGUUGAAAGAAGAGACUGCUUAUCCAGCUGGACAGCAGCUGGAGCAACUGGAGCAACAGCAACAACCAUUGUACAAUUCCUACGAAUCGGAGAAUUCAUAUUAUAUGACUGCUAUGAAUGGUCAAAUCUUUGAACAGCACGCAAACGAGGCUGAGGAGGAGCAGGAGCAGGAGGAAGAGGAGGAACACUCGGAGGCUGAGGAUGCAGCAGAGCAGGCACAGCAAUCAACGCAAUCCGCUGAGGAGUCGGAGGCUGAGGAAUCCGACGAGGAGGAGGACGAGGACAACGAUGAUGACAAUGAUGAUGAUGAUGAUGAUGGCAAUGAGCCAGUGAAGCAGCCAUAUACAAAUGGCGUGGCAGCGGAAAUGCAAUUCCGUGCACACACAACGUUCGAGCAACAGAAUCGCUCCAUCAAGAUGAAGUUUAAGAAGGAGCGAACGCUGGAGAGCAGCACCUACAGUGCCUAUACCAUCGAAAGCAUUUAUCAUCAUCAGCAACAGGAAUUGCCAGCAACAGCGACUGCAGCAACAAUAAAUACACUACCCGCUUCACCCAAGACGGCACAGGAUUGGAAUGCAGCUGGAUUAGGAGUUGGAACUGCUACAACUGCAGCCGGCACAGUGUCACAGCGUCAGCGUAAUGGUGGCCAUCAUUUCCAUCCCUAUAUGCUGGGUCAAACGUCGACGCCAAAGAGCACAAUCCAUGACAAUCGGCGAGCGCGCGUCAAGUCGAAACUGGGCAAAUUCCAAGUGGAAUCGCACAGCAAUAGCAACUCCUCCUGUUCGGUGGCAGAUCAGGCGGCCAAUGGUGUUGAUGCAUUGCCACCACCACCAUCAACAUCAACCAUACACAAUGCUACCUUCAAUGACAAUGCCAACUUUUCAUUCUCCAGUGCCGGUGGCUUGGAUAAUUCGAAUAGCUCUUUGGCCUUGGCCGUGGGUAGACUUCAUUUUCGUGAUGCCUCGCAAGUGGCCAACAAAACGCUGCAGAACAAUAACAAUAAUAACAACAACAACCUGACGACACCAACAACUGCAACAGCAAUAACAAGAACCACAUUGAAUGACUUUUCCACGUUCCAGGAGAACUCUUAUUUUGCCACACAACAUGAUGUGGAGGCGCAGGAGCGUCGUCUUUCCAAGGCGCUGGAGACAAUCGAACGCCAUUUGGCCAAAGAAGCCAUCGAUCCAUUUAACAGCGAACUUUGCCGUGCAUUUCUGGCCAAACUCAAUUUUCCAGGGGACGAUGAUGCUCAUGCCAGCUAUAAAGUUGUGCAAACCCUACUGCCAAAAAUCUCCAACACUCGCACUCUCAAUGUACUCGAAAGCGUGCAGUUCAACAUUGACAAGGAAGUGGGUCGUGGCUCCUACGGAUCCGUCUACAAAGCCACCGACACUCGCACCUCCAGCGUUGUGGCACUCAAGUAUCAAAAGCCCCCAAACACUUGGGAGAUCUAUAUCUGCGAUCAGGUACUAAAGCGUGUCAAAGAGGCGGAGGUGCUUCCCGGACUGAUGGACAUAUCGACGGCGAUAAUAGCACCCAAUGCGAGUCUAAUUGCGACUGAAUUCUCGCCAUUUGGCUCCCUGCUGGACAUCAACAACAAGAUACGUCAGGCGACCACAAAGGUGAUGCACGAAUCCCUGGUGAUGCACUUCUCAGCCCAGAUCUGUAACAUUGUCGAUCACCUACAUCGUCAGCAUAUAAUACAUGCGGAUAUCAAACCGGAUAACUUUUUGCUGAUGCGUGUGCCAAGUGUGGACAGUGUGGAGCCAUCAUUGCGUCUGAUUGAUUUUGGCUGUGCGAUUGACAUGUCCCUCUUCCCGGAUGCCGAGCAUACCAAGUUCCGGAAGGUGGUACAAACGGAUGGCUUCACAUGCAUCGAGAUGCAGGAGGGUCGUCCCUGGUCAUAUGAAACGGAUCUGUUCUGCAUUGCCAGCACGGUGCAUGUGAUGCUCUUUGGCGAAUAUAUGCAGCCGCAAAAACGACCGGCUGGUUGGGAAAUUCGCCAAAAAUUGCCGCGAUAUCUGAAGAAGCACGUGUGGUCAAAGUUCUUUACGGAUCUGCUCAACAUGCAGGCCAAUAAUUUACCCGAAUUGCAGCCGAUGCGUAAGAUCUUUGAGGAGGAAUGCUAUCGCAUGGACUCGGAACUGCAGAAACAAAUUCGCACUCUAUCCAAUAUCCUGCAUCGGCGAUAACCAAACUCAUUACAACAACUCAUCAUUGUCAUUGUUAACGUUGUCCGUUUUAGCCACGUUUAUAGUUUAAACUUUCUUGUAUUCUCAGUUGAACAAAUGGUUGGUUAAUCAAUUCAACAAUCUGAUCUUUAAAACAACUGGUUGGAAAUUUAUAGCCAAAAAAGAUAUUUUGAUUGUUUAUUUAUUACACUU